AUGGCCAAGAUUCAUUCUUAUUGCAUUUCUAAUCUUAAAAAUGAACUUAAAUUUUAUGGGAAGGAGUUGUCAGAGAAUGAGUUACGUGAAAGUGCGUUAAACCAAACAACGUAUGCGGAAAUAGAAAAUACUAACAUAUUAGAACAGAAUACGGAU